AUGAAACUUCUUCGGGCCUUAGUUGCUCUACAGUGUCCUAUUCAGGGUUUCACAUUGGAUCCUUUCGCUUAUUUCUUUGAGAAGAAGGAAAGACCACCACUUACUUUCUCAGUGCUGGUUCAACUCUUCUUUCUAGCAUUAUUGGGAAUCACAGCAAACCAAGGGUUUUAUCUCUUGGGAUUGUAUUAUGCCUCUCCAACUUUUGCUUCAGCGAUGCAAAAUUCAGUUCCUGCAAUUACUUUUGUCAUGGCUUCUGCUCUAGGACUUAAGAAAGUUAGCAUUUCAAGGAGAGAUGGACUAGCCAAAGUUGUAGGAACCAUUGCAAGUAUAGGGGGUGCAUCUGUCAUUACUCUUUACAAAGGCCCUCCUCUACUGCAUCAGAUAACACAACAAGAACAAGGAACUCCAAUGGAAGAAGACAGGUCUUCAAAGGAAAUCCAGAACUGGACAUGGGGAUGCAUAUUCCUGUUUGGGCACUGCUUAUCGUGGGCAGGCUGCCCUGAUGAGCUAAAAUUGAUUUCCCUUCAAACAUGGUGCAUUCACAAAGGUGGUCCUGUUUUUGUUGCUAUCUUCCAACCAAUGCAGACAAUUUUGGUAGCUAUUAUGGCUUCUUUAUUUCUUGGUGAUCAGUUGUACUCUGGAGGGAUUAUUGGUGCAAUCCUUAUCAUGCUUGGUCUCUAUUCUGUUUUGUGGGGAAAAAGUGAGGAGAAAAGAGUGGAAAUUCAAAACAAUGAAGACACCCUGACGAGGAACCUUCUUGAAGACAAAAAUAAAGACAAUGGAGAGGAACGUUGUUGUGUCUGA